AUUCAGUCAAUGCUGGCCAGGAAGGAAAGUUCAGAACUCCUCGGACCUGCCCAGUACAUUAUGUCAGCUGUCAAUCACACCAAGCUCAACUUUGCUGUGUUCCUUCUUGCUGGGAUACCUGGGCUGGAAGACAUUCAUCUCUGGAUCUCUAUCCCCUUCUGUUUAAUGUAUGGUAUUUCUAUAGCAGGAAAUUCAGUCAUUCUGUUCAUUAUAAAGACAGAUCCAAGCCUCCAUAAGCCCAUGUACAUUUUCCUUUCCAUGUUGGCCAUCACAGACCUUGUCUUAUUGAUAGUCAGCACACCGACAACAUUGGGGAUAUUCUUGUUUAACUCUAGAGAGAUCAGCCUUGAUGCCUGUUUUGCCCAACUGUUCUUCAUCCACUCGCUUCAAUGCAUUGAAUCCUCUGUGCUGUUGUUGAUGGCCUUUGACCGCUUCAUUGCAAUAUGUAACCCACUGAGAUAUGCUUCCAUCUUAACCCUGCCAAGAAUAGCCAAGAUGGGACUGGUGUGUGUGCUAAGAGGGGUGGCAGUAAUACUCCCUCUCCCCUUUCUCCUGAAACAGUUCCGAUACUGUCGAUCCAAUGUCCUCUCCCAUUCCUACUGCCUGCACCAGGAUGUCAUGAAGCUGGCUUGUUCGGACAUCAGAGUCAACUACAUCUACGGCUUGUUUAUUACAUUCUUCACUGUGGGGUUGGACUCACUGCUUAUCCUUCUCUCUUACGUGAUGAUCCUCAAAACAGUGCUGAGCAUCACGUCCCACACAGAGUGCCUCAGAGCCCUGAACACCUGUGUUUCCCACCUCUGCGCUGUCCUGCUCUUCUACACACCACAGAUGGGCCUUCCUGUGAUACACAGAUUUGGGAAUAGUUCUUCUCACUUGCUUCAGAUUCUUCUGAGCUACAUAGCACUGCUGGUCCCACCCCUGAUGAACCCAAUCGUGUACAGAGUGAAAACCAAACAUCUUCGUGCAAGGAUAAUCAGGGUGUUGGUCAAGUGA